AUGGGCUUCGAUCCAGAUGAGGUGGAGCGCGAGGAGGAGGAGGAGGAAGAGGAGGGCGACGAUGUGAACGGGGAGGACGACGAUGAAGAGGAAGGUAGGGUUGCGCGGAGGAAGGUACGCGCGCAGAGGAGGGUAGAGCGCGCGGAGGAAUGUAGGCGCGCGGAGGAAGGUUGGGAGGAGGAGGAGGACGAGUUGGACGAGGACGACUAUGCGCUGCUGCAGGAGAGCGGCGUGGGGGGCUUUCACCGCCCCGCCAAGAAGGACAAGAAGUUUCGGCGGUUGAAGAAGGCGAGGCACAUGGGGGGGGACGAGGACGGGUUGCUGAUGGACGACGAGGAAGACGAGGAGGGCGGCAUGCGCGCGCAGCAGCGCGUGGAGAGGGAAAUAUUUGGGGAUGAGGACGUGCCUGAAGAUUUUCAGGAGAGGGAGGGCAGGGGCGAGGAGGAGGAGUUGGAGGAGGAGGACGGGGAGGAGGAGGAGGAGGAAGAAGACGAGAUGGCAGACUUUAUCGUGGAAGGGGGUGUAGACGAUACAGACGAGCAUGGGCGGCGCCGCCGCAAGAAGAAGAAAAAGGGCACGCGCAUGCCAGGUGUCACCUCCGAGGCACUUCUGGAGGCGCAGGAUAUUUUCGGUGACGUGGCGGAUCUGUUGGAGCGGCGGCGCGUGGAGCUGGAGAGGCAGCGUAGGGAGGGAGGGGAGGGAGGCGCAGGGGGGUAUUACUAUGAGGAUGGGAUGGGGACGGAGGGUGGGGAGGAGUAUGGGCGGGAGGGCGCGGGAGGAGCGUCGGCGCUGUCGAAGCAGUAUGAGCCAAGCCUGCUGGAAGCUAAAUACAUGACGGAGCGGGAUGAGGCCAUUCGAGCCAGAGAUGUGCCUGAGAGGCUGCAGGUGUGUGGGCGAGGGACGUGCCUGCCUGAGAGGCUGCAGGUGUGUGCUGGGAACUGCUCCCACCCAGAGAGCGAGGACCAUCUACCCGAGGCCGAGUGGAUCUACGAGCACGUGUCUGGCGCCCUGGCCCCCGACCACCUGCCGCGCACCCAUCAGUUCCUCUCUCUCAUUGCUGCACCUCCCCUUCCCCUCCCCCCUUCUGCUUCCCCCCCCCUUUUGGAGGAGGUGGUGGGUGUAAUCCCUGAAAACGAGGACCAUUUGCCGGAGGCCGAGUGGAUCUACGAGCGCGUGUUUGGCUCCUUAGCCCCCGACCACCUGCGGCGGGGGGAGUUCUCGUACGUCGCUGACGCGGAGAGGCGCGCCGCCACGUGCGCACGGGAGGACGUGGAGAAAUGCCGGAGAGAGGCCAUGGCGGCGCGGGAUGGGGCGAUCGAGCAGAUUGCGGCUGUGCUUGAAGAGUUGCAUGAUGCUAAAGUGGAGGUGCCGUACAUAGCGAUACACAAGAAGGCCAUCUGCCCCGCUCUCGUGGAGCAAGACAAGCUCGACGGGGAGCCGCAGCUGCAGCCCUUCCAGGCUCUUUGGGCCAUCCAGCAGUGGGAUCGCCGCUGGCUGCUCCUCCAACGCCGCAAGCGCUCCCUGCGAUCCGCCUACGAGCGGCCGCGAGUGGACGAGGAUGAAGAAGCAGAGCGGCAGCUCGCCAUGCAAGGGGUUCUCCACGCGCUCGACUGUGCGCUCUCGGAGCCCGCCGUUGAGGACGUGGACGCCAAGUUCAACCUGCAGUUUCCGCCGGAAGAGGCGGUGGCGGAGGAGGGCGGGAGAGGAGGGGCAGGUGGGGGGCAGCAGAGGCGGCCUCGGAAGCGGUCGAUGUACUCAGUGUGCCGGCGCGCGGGGCUUAAAGGCGUGGUGAAGCGCAUUGGGCUGUCGGCGUUCCAGCUGGGGGAGAACCUGAUCUCCAUGUAUAAGCAACACGAGGUGGAGGACACGGCGCUAUCACCGGAGGAGGUGGCAACGGAGUACAUAUGUGCCGAGUUCCCCUCGCCUGCCCUCGUGCUCAGAGGUGCCCGCCACAUGGCGGAGGUGGAGAUAAGCAUAGAGCCCAAGGUGCGGGAGCACGUGAGGGAGAUUUUCAACAAGCGCGCCAUCGUCUCCACCAACCCCACUCCACGCGGCCGCCAGGUGAUCGACACGUUCCACCGCUUUGCAGGCAUAGAGCGCCUCAAGGACAAGCCGGUGGGCGAGUUCCGGGACGACCAGUGGCUGCUGAUCGCCAAGGCUGAAUCACAGGGGCUUGUGAAGGUGGAGCUGGGCCUUCCUCCCGCUGUCGUGCAGGAGAACGUUAUCCAGGAGUUUGAAGCGGCCUACCUCUCAGACGGCGUCUCCCACUUCGCCUCGCUCUGGAACGAGCAGCGCCGCACCAUCCUCCGGGCGGCAAUCGCCGCCCGGCUGCUGCCGACGAUGCACAAGGAGACACGCUUGCUACUCACCGGCCGCGCCAAGGCAUUCGUCGCCGAGCAGUGCGCCCUCUCCCUCUGGAAACAUGUCUCAGUCGCUCCUUUUGACGUCCGGGCGAAGGGGGCGGGGGGCGGCGGAGGGGGUGGGAUGGGCGAAGGCGGGGGAGGGGGCAUGCGGGGCGGCGGGGGGAGGGGCGGGAGGCAUGGGGGAGGGGAGGAGCACGGGGGAGGGGGGCAGCCGUGGCUGCGAGUGAUGGCGUGCUGCUGGGGUCCUGGUAACCCGGCAACCACCUUUGCCAUGCUGAAUGCCGCAGGGGAGAUGGUGGAUUUUCUCCAUACUGGCUUCCUCUGUGCUCGCACUGGCCAGCCUAAAGGGGACGCUGCAGCACUGGGGGGGGCUGCUGGAGGGGGCAUGGGGGGAGCGGGGGGAGCGGGCGGAGGGGGGGGGGGGAGGGGAGCAGCAGGUGAUGGUGAUGAAGAAGCGGGAGGACGAGCGGCGGCUGAUGGCGUUUGUGAAGGAGCACAAGCCGCAUGUCGUGGUGGUGGGCGGGGCUAA